GAUGUCGACUCUCUUCGUCAUCUACUUUUCCCCCACGACCCGAUCUUUCUCCAUCUCUGCCGCCGCCGCCCGCCGGCGAGUGAAGCUAAGCCGGCAAGGUGACUCGAUACUUCUGGUCUCCUUGUGCUCCUUUCUUCUUCUUCCCGCUGCCCAUUUAGUUCCUCCUCUCCUCUCCUGUCCUGCAGGCCUCCCUCGUGGUCGCGCCCACCAUCUGUUCGACGAAAUGUAUGACACGCACAGGGCCGAGAAAUUGUUGGUACCAAGCGGCACAGACUGGAUCAGCGCCCUGCCCGACGGCGUCCCCGUCCACAUCCUCGGGUUCCUGCCCGCGGACGAGGCGGUGCGGACGUGCGUGCUCUCCCGGCGCUGGCUCCACCAGUGGAAGUUCAUGCGUUGCCUGCGCGUCACCUCCCACAGGGUGUGGGAGAAGAGCGCCGACGAAAUCAACAAGUUCAUCAGCAGCCUGCUGCUCCUCCGAGACCCGGGUGCCGCGCUAGAUGAGGUCGAGCUUGAGUUCACCUACGAGCCAUCUGGCAACGACCGUGCGUCGUACCCCAACAUCUGGAUCCGGCAUGCUUUGCUGCGCCAGGCUCGGGCGCUUUCUGUCACUCUGCGUGGCGAGUACAACCUCGUGUUCAACGUCCCUCCUCUGGUCUCCAGACAUCUGCGGAAACUUUGCUAG